UAUUUUCAAUACUCUUGAGAAUAUAAAUAGAACUAGAUGCAUUUUUUAAAAUUACAAACAAUUUUCAAAACAAAUGUGCUGAUAAAUGAAUUGUACAGCAACUGUGUGACUGGAUUUGGACUUUGCUGUAUUAUGUUGGGGAAGUUAAUAUGGAAACCCCCAGCUAUGAAACUGAAGGCAGAUUUAAUCGAGAAAUCACUGGGGAUUUGACUGGAAAGUAAAAGCAAAAGUUUCCAAGAGGUGGGUCCACAUUUCAAUAUAUGAUUGAGAUUAGUUUUCUCUGGAGCCGAGUGUACAGGAUGUACCUGAAUGGAUUUCUGAGUCUUUCCUUGUGCUUAUCCCUGGUUCAAGUCUCCUGGGCAAGCACAGAGGUUGCUGUUCUGCUUCAGGAUAAGAACAACUCAAGCCAACAUGAACUCUCUCCUCCAAUAAAUCUCUCGAUAAAUUCUUAUAAUCUGAAGACUAUUUUAAUUUGGGAUUAUGACAUACCUGAAACAUAUUUUCGUGUUGAAUGCAAGGAUUACAGAACUUCUCGUUGGAAGCCCUUCCCACCCUGUUCAAAAAUUUCUACCCAUUAUUGCGAUGUUACAAAACCAUUUACAGAGAACUUGACUGCAUCAAGUAUGUACUAUGCAAAGGUCAAGGCCGUUAAACAUUUGCAGGAGUCAGCUUUUGCUUUCACACCGAUGUUCAGUUACAAACAUAAUGGCACAAUCGGUCCUCCUACUACACGUGUUAUGGUGUACACACCACUGCAAGCAACAGUGAAAUGUGAAUAUCCCCUUGUUGCAAACCUGACGACAAAGAAUGGCUUCAAAGUAAAACCCAAGUUUACCUGUAAUAUUUGUAUUUGGCCGGAGACAUCACAUAAAAAGCCACAGAGAAUAUGUAAAAUUACAAAGUCAAAUUGGACAAUGAACAUAUCCCAAUCUACUUGGUGUGUGUCUGCUCAAGUUAAUUCAGUGAGUUGGGAGAUGAAAGGAAUGUGGUCAAAACCUCAGUGUUUCAAACAUUCAACACAAGAAUAUCUGAUUCUAUUUCUAGUGCUGAUUGCUCCAAUUGUCACACUACUUGUGAUAGCAAAUGUGUUCCUUCUUGGAAAGUUUCUAAGGAAGGAGCAAGUUUUGCCAAAGUCUUUACUACUCAUUGUAAAGGGCAUGCAUCCAUACAUAGAUAUGAAGACUGAGAAGGACAGCAUAUCUGUUGUAAUUAAGCAUGAGAAAGUGAUUCCCAAUGAAUGUGACAUUUUCUACGAGGAAGCAGAAAAGUCCAGUGCAAAUCCAGAGAGCAACGAGCAACAUGUGCCUGGUCAUAAAUAUGCUGAGAAAGACUGGAUGUAUGACAGACCUCAACUUAUAUCGGAUGCAUAUUAACCCUUUCAUUUCCAGUCAUAUCAUUUUCCACCGUCAGAGCUCCAAAUGCUAGGAAACUGCAGCCACGUGGAAAGCGAAUAUGAGCAUCAGCAAAUUAAACCACAAUUGCACCAUAUAGAGCAUGUAGU